CCUAUGCUGGAACCAGAGGCAGGACUUGUGUCCAAAUCGGAGUAGAGGAAAUCAAAGCACCGGGGGACAGGGAGUCAGCGGGCACACAGGCAGGCCGUACCCACAGUUACCUCCAUCGUCUCAAAGCUUUCUCCUCGGUCACAAUGAUCAAGUGCGCGCAGGGGGUGUUGUAUCUCUCGGUUCUGGUGACGUUCGCCGCCUGCAACGCUCCUCCGGUACCGUUAGACGACAUCCUCAUUGAGAAAACCUCCGUGCCAGAGCAGUGUGUGCGCGCGGUCAAAGUGGGAGAUUUUGUCAGGUAUCACUACAUCGGCACGUUUCCAGACGGCAACAAGUUCGACUCCAGUUAUGACCGUGGCAGCACGUACAAUGUCUUUGUUGGCAAGAAGCAGUUGAUUGAAGGGAUGGACAAAGCUCUCGUGGGAAUGUGUGUCAACGAGAGAAGACUGGUGAAGAUCCCACCUCAACUCGCCUACGGAAAACAAGGCUACGGUAACAUCAUCCCUCCUGACUCCAUCCUCCACUUUGACGUCCUGCUCCUCGAUGUGUGGAACCCCGAGGAUGGCGUCCAGACAAACACUUACCACACACCCUCCGUCUGCUCCAGAAAGGUGGAAGUGUCUGACUACGUCCGCUACCACUAUAACGGCACCCUGCUGGACGGGACCCUCUUUGAUUCCAGCCACACCCGCAUGAGGACCUAUGACACUUACGUCGGGAUCGGCUGGCUGAUCGCCGGUAUGGAUCAGGGUCUUCUGGGAAUGUGUGUUGGAGAGAGGCGCAUCAUCACUAUGCCCCCAUCGCUUGGAUAUGGAGAGAAUGGAGAUGGCAGUGACAUCCCCGGACAGGCUUCCCUGGUGUUUGAUGUUGUCCUCUUGGACCUCCACAAUCCCAGAGACGGGAUCACAGUGACUAACCAAGUGGUGCCAGAGUCCUGCACGAGGAAGACCGUUUCUGGAGACUUUGUGCGUUACCACUACAACGGCAGCCUUCUGGAUGGGACAUUUUUUGAUUCUAGCUACUCUCGCAAUCGUACCUACGACACAUACGUGGGUCGAGGCUACGUGAUCGCCGGCAUGGAUGAGGGCCUGAUCGGAGUCUGCAUUGGGGAGAGACGCACCAUCACCAUCCCCCCGCAUCUCGGUUACGGAGAGGAGGGCACAGGCACAAAGAUCCCAGGCUCGGCAGUGCUGGUGUUUGAUGUCCACAUCAUCGACUUCCACAACCCCUCGGACAUCACUGAGAUCACCGCCACUUUCAAGCCAGACGAGUGUGACAGGCAAACUAAGAAGGGAGACUUUGUUAAAUACCACUACAAUGCCUCUCUGAUGGACGGCACAUCCAUCGACUCCACGCUUGCUGGUCUGGAGCAAAGCCACAAAGCCACAGCAAGAUCAGACCAAGAGCUCAGGAGCUACACCUCAGACUCAGUUAGCAUGAUUGAGCUUUUAUUUGUGCGUCCAGCUGGUGAGGUUCCAGGCAGUGCCGUGCUGGUGUUUGACAUCGAGCUGGUUGACAUGGAGGAAGGACUUCCCGAAGGCUACAUGUUCAUCUGGAACGACGAGGUGUCUCCAGACCUCUUCUCUGAGAUGGACAAAAACAGCGACAAAGAGGUGGAGCCCUCUGAGUUCACUGACUACAUCAUGCGGCAAGUGACCGAGGGUAAAGGUCGCCUGGCUCCCGGCUUUGAUCCUUACCGCAUCAUUGACAACAUGUUCUCCAACCAGGACCGCGACGGUGACGGAAAGAUCACAGAGGCAGAGUUCAAACUUAAAGCCGAUGAGGCUGCUGCUCACGACGAGCUAUGACGUGCUUUAUAGCGCGAGGGUAUAAGGCAAAGGGUCAGAUAGUUGGGGAAAUGGGGACUAAUAGUAAAUUUGUGGGUGGUAGAGUAGCUGCAGAUGGGUUUGUAUGUUUAAAGUGUGGAGGGGGAAAUGGGCUGACAGAGAUUUUUGUGGACUUAGAUGAUAGAGUUAAAGGACGUCUCGUCCAUGAAGUGCCAAUUGAGUGUAAGAAGAAAUAAAGAGUAUGUAGGAUUUAGAAAAAAAUCAUGUAAUUUGAGGACUACGAUGGAAAUGAAUGAAUUUUUUAACCUCCUUUCUCAUCAAAGGGUAUAAAGGCACUCCUGUGUGAGAGAACAAACAAGUGCCUAGCUCCACUUUGUCUAGAUUAAAAACUCUUUUGACUUUACAGACUUUUAUUUUCUUAUUUUCUACUCAGUUUGUCCAAACUGUCUUGACAGGAGCACCGAGUUAUUUGUAAUUAACUGUGAUACACUGUGAUGGAAGAAAGGUUCUUACUCAGAGCUGCCGCUGUUUUUAAAAGUGAAAAAUAAUAGGGUUUUAUUUCCUUUAUUUACAUUCAACACCUACCACUGUUUCACUUUUAAAUGUCAGCCCACCUUCUGUGUUUUCAGCCAUUAAAAUCAUUCAGUCACCCUCCAGCUGUCAGGUCUGAAACCUCCAUUCCUUCACUCGUUUUUGGUCUACUGUUUGUUCCUUCGCUUGUUUCGGUCUUGUCUGGAUGUCUGGUGCAGUUUAGGAAUUUGUGUGCAAGUGUGUGCGUGUGGGUGCAAGAGUGAGACAGAGCUAUGCAAAUAGAGUAUUUUUUUUCUAUUACUUUUACAUUCAGGAGAACACUAAGGCUUGAUGUCGCCUGUAUCAGCUGAAAAUUUCAUUCGAUUAAAUGAC